AUCUUGAGGAUGUCCGUGGGGACCACUCCCGGGGGAACGACACCCGCGGCGACGACCCCGGCGGGAACCACACCCGAGUCGGAGAGAGAUGCUGAAUUCCAGGAGCAUGAAAAGAUUCUGUCUCCGGAUUUUCUUUCAGUUGCUCAAAUCACUGAAAUGCUAGCAGAGGACGUAGAUGGAGUUCAACAAAAACUGAAAAAGUUUUUGAAUUUCAAAAACCUUCACACCUGUUUAAAGGAAGCCAUUCUACUGGAUUAUUAUGUAUCUGGAUUUUUGUGGGCUAGAGGAAUGCAAUUUUCUGUUAUUCAAUAUUCAAAAUUUAUGACUUUACUAGAUAUGUUACUUCAUAAUCUUAGAACACUGCAUAUGUCCUUGGAAGACAGCAUAAAAUGGCUUGGAGAAGUUAUGGCUGAAAUAGGACCAUCCCAUUCACAGAAAAAUGAGGAAUGGAAUGUCUUUAAUAUAAAACAAGCCAAUGCUGUCAUCGAUUACUUAAAAAUCAGCUUAUUUCAACACUACAAGCUAUAUGAGUUUCUAUUCUACUCUACCAGAGAAGAAAUUGUGAUAGGAACUGAGCAAGUGUUAGAGGUUGUCAAGUCUUCAGGUGGUCUCUUCCUGGAUCCUCUAGAAGAAGGAAUCUCAUUUGAUAUUUAUUCAACAUUCAUAGAGCCACCCCCAACAUUGGAUACAGAAAUGAAGGGAUUGGAUCAAGAACAAGGCUCUGAGGAAUCCCAGUCAGAAGCCAACACUUCCGACGUGGAUCCUUUAGUGGGUUUCACCAUCAACGAUAUAAAAGCAGCUCUGGAUCAAGUCACAGAUGAUAUUUUAAUCGGCAUUCAGACCGAGAUAAACGAAAAGCUGCAAAUACAGGAAGAGGCCUUUAAUGCACGAAUAGAAAAAUUGAAAAAAGCCUGAGGACUCAGUACAAGGAGUCAUGCUAAACUUCACAGAAACAAACACAACCAGCCAGAAUAGUAGACUCUCCAGAGCAGCGUAUCUCCUUCAUUUCAUUGGGAGAGGAAAACCAAGCCUUACAUUUUAUUAUCCUAACUAAUUAGAAAAGUAUUGGCCCCCCUUUUGCUAUCUCCUGUCCCGUAACAGCCUCCGAAUUUAUGGCACUAGGUGUAAUAAGAACAUUUAGUAUACAAGAGUUUGGAGAAUUAUAUAUAAAAAUACAAUUACUUUUACGAUACUCCUUUGACAUUUUGACUAAUAAAUGCUAUUCAUCUUCA